UCCGUCGCCGCGUUACACUCCACAAGAUAGAGAGGCACGCCCCUGCGCGUUAACAGGAGCGCUAUCGUCUCGGAGUCCAGCAAAAGAGGCCAUGGAGUUCGAAGACGUGAUCGAGGAGCUCGGAGGAUUCGGAAAGUUUCAGAAGUUUCUCCUGUGGGCCUUUCUGUUGCCCUCGCAGGUACUGUUUCCGUUCUUCUCGAUGAAUCUGAUAUUUCUGCUGUCCGAACCCGACCACGAGUGCGUGGUGCCGCAACUGGAUGCCCUAGGACUCAACGAAUCCCGGACCCAGCAGAUUCGGAAACUGCUUGUCAGUGACGACGAGUGCGAGGUGUUACCGAUCCGACGUUUCAACUCGACGCGCUUCGCGGACGAGUUCAACGCCACGUCGUGGAACGCGUCGUGGUUUGUGAACGAAAGUGCGACCAGGCAGCCUUGCGAGCUGUUUCGUUACGAUGACCUGCACUACGAAGAGACCGUACCUACGAAGUGGGAUUUGGUCUGUUCUCACGGUCACCUCCCAAGCCUGGUGUACUCGAUAGCGACGGCAGGAAGCGUCGUCGGAACUGUCAUCAUUGGUGCAGUGGCUGACAAGUACGGCCGCAAACCAACGUUCUUCGCCAUCGUGGCGUUGGCCGUGUUCUCGGGCUUUGGCGCCGUACUGUCCACCAACUUCGCCAUGUUCGUCGCCAUGCGCUUCAUCAAUGCCCUGUUGGACCCGCAGAUUGACCAAGUGCCCUACAUCAUCAUGCUGGAGCUGGUGGGUGCCAAGCAGCGCACCCUGAUGCUUGGCGUUGCAUGCAUGGGCUGGACGCUGGGCAUGUGCCUGCUGCCGCUGGUGGCAUACCUGAGCCGAACGUGGGUACUGCUGGCAACAGUGUGCGCAUCGUGUGCGGUGCCUCUCUUCUGCUACAUCAGGGUCAUCCCCGAAUCUCCGCGGUGGCUCUUGUCGCAGGACCGGCUCUCUGAAGCGUCGGCUAUUCUACGCCGCAUCGCCUUCCGAAACGGUGUCGAGCCCCCGGUCGACCUAGACCUGAAGCUCAAGAAAGUUCAGCAAAGCAUAAACGCCGAAGAGGAAUCGGAGAAAUCGGGCUCCAUUCUAGACUUGGUUACCAAGCCAAAGAUACGAAAGAACUUGCUGAUACUCACGCUGAUAUGGUCUGCAAACGGCUGCGCGUACAGCGGCCUGCACAUCAACGUGACGCACUUGAGCGGCAACGAGUUCCUCAACUUCCUCUACCUGGCCCUGGUGGAGUUUCCCGCAAACGCGAUUGGCUGGUGGAGCAUGGACCGCUACGGGAGGCGCUGGACAAACGUCUUCUUCAUACUUCUCACGGCUACCGCCUGCUGGGCACCCGUCAUCUCACCCACGUCCGGCACGGUGGGCAUCGUCUCCUCGGUCGUGGCUAAGUUCUCCACCGCGGCAGCGUACAUGAUGAUGUACCAGCAAUCGGCCGAGCUGUUCCCCACGCCACUACGUUCCUUCUCAGUCGGAGUGAAUACCGCUCUGGCCGCGGUAUUCACUGCAUCGGUUCCCUACGUCGUCUACCUGGUGAGGUACGGCGCUUGGAUCCCCUUUCUUUUUCUCGCUGUGCUGACGACGGCUGGUGGCAUCGCGGCGGCCUGGUUACCCGAGACCAAAGGCUACCCUCUCUGCCAGACGGUUGAAGACUCUGAGAAAUUUGGCGAUGACCAAAAAUUCUUCUCAUUUAACAGGAUAGUUAAAGUAGCCGAGGAGUUUUACAGAGAUCUGUACAGUAGCCGGGACAACCUGGACGACAAUGAGUGUCAUCGUCUUGGCGCUGAGCCGUGCUCCUGCAAUACAGCGCCGCUUUAUGCCUCAAGAACAACUUUUCUGUCGUUUCGGAGUCAAGCAAAAGAAACCAUGGAGUUCGAAGACGUGAUCGAGGAGCUCGGAGGAUUCGGCAAGUUCCAGAAGUUCCUUCUUUGGGGCUUCCUGCUUCCUUCGGAGAUAUUGUUUUCGCUUAUCUCGAUGAACAUGAUAUUUCUUCUGUCCGAGCCCCACCAUGAAUGCGCGGUACCGCAACUGGACGCACUGGGACUGAAUGAAUCCCGCGCCCGGGAGAUUCGCAAACUGCUUGUCAGCGACGACGAGUGCCAGGUGUUGCCGAUGCGACCUAUGAACUCAACGCGCUUUUCUGGCGAAUCCGACGCGACGUCGUGGAACGCGUCGUGGUUCGUGAACGAAAGUGCGACCAGGCUACCCUGCGAGUCGUUUCGCUACGACGACCAAUACUACGACGAGACCGUGCCUACAAAGUGGGAUUUGGUGUGUUCUCGCGGUCAGCUAAUCAGCCUGUUGUACUCCAUAACGACAGUAGGAAGCAUCAUUGGAACUCUCAUCAUUGGUGCACUGGCUGACAAGUAUGGCCGUAAGCCACUGUUCUUCACCCUCGUGUCGUUGGCAGUAUUCUCGGGCUUUGGCACCGUACUGUCCUACAACUAUGCCAUGCUCGUCGCCAUGCGCUUCAUCAACGCCUUGUUGGACCCACAGAUGGACCAGCUGCCCUACCUCAUCAUGUUCGAGCUGGUGGGUGCCAAGCAGCGCACGCUGCUGUUGGGCGUGACUUCCAUGGGCUGGACGCUGGGCAUGUGCCUGCUGCCGCUGGUUGCAUACCUGAGCCGUACGUGGGUACUGCUGGCAACAGUGUGCGCAUCGUGUGCGGUGCCUAUCUUCUGUUACAUCUGCGUCGUCCCUGAAUCUCCGAGGUGGCUUUUGUCACGGGACCGGCUCCCUGAGGCUUCCGCUGUUCUACGCCGCAUCGCUCUUCGAAACGGUGUCGAGCCCCCUAUCGACCUUGACCUCAAGCUCAAGGAAGUUCAGCAAAGCACGAAUGCGGAAGAGGAAUCCGAGGAAUCGGGCUCCAUGCUAGACUUGGUCAGGAAGCCGAGGAUACGAAAGAACUUGCUGAUACUCACGCUGAUAUGGUCUGCAAACGGUUGUGCGUACGGUGGCCUGCACAUCAACGUGACGCACUUGAGCGGCAACGAGUUCCUCAACUUCCUCUACCUGGCCCUGGUAGAGUUUCCCGCAAACGCGAUUGGCUGGUGGAGCAUGGACCGCUACGGGAGGCGCUGGACAAACGUCUUCUUCAUGCUUCUCACGGCUACCGCUUGCUGGGCACCCGUCAUCUCACCCAUGUCCGGCACGGUGGGCAUCGUUGCCUCAGUCAUGGCCAAGUUCUCCACUACGGCGGCGUACAUGAUGAUGUACCAGCAGUCGGACGAGCUCUUCCCUACGCCCCUACGUUCCUUCUCCGUGGGAGUGCUCACCGCUCUGACCGCAGUGUUCACUGCGGGGGUUCCCUACGUCGUCUACAUGGGCAGAUACGGCUCAUGGAUUCCAUUUCUCUUCCUCGCCGUGUUGACAACGACUGCUGGCAUCGCGGCAGCGUGGCUACCCGAGACGAAGGACUACCCUCUCUGCCAGACGGUUGAAGACGCUGAUAAGUUCGGCCGCGACCAAAAAUUCUUCUCAUUUAACAGGGCAGAGGAAUCUUCGAAGAGGUCAAGGCGUGCCGAAGAGAAUGACGAGAAGAAGACCGUCGAACUUCAACCGCUGCCUGCGGAGAGGCAUUCAAACAGUGUCAAACAUUGUGUUAACCGCACCCGAGACCACCUAAUAAUGGAGUUCGAAGAUGUCCUCGAAAAACUCGGGGGCUACGGAAAGUUCCAGAAGAUGCUGGUCUGGGGAUACCUGGCCCCCGCUUCCAUCCUUAUGCCGGGAUAUUUCAUGAGCCAGAUUUUCCUGUUGUCCACGCCUAAGCACACCUGUCGCCUACCGGACUUUGUGCGUGACACCUACAACCUAACAGCAUCCGAAACGAUUCUCUUGAGGACUGCCAUCGUCAGCGAAGACAACUGUAGGGUGUUUCCACUCGCUGCCCUCAACUCGAGUUUAGUGACACAAAUACUGAACGGUGCGAACAGGUCGUCGUGGCUCGGGACUGGUGCCUUCGAGUGGGAACCAUGCGAGAAGUUCGACUACGACAAGACGUCUUACGACAGCACCGCUUCGACUCAGUGGGACCUAGUCUGCGAACGCAGUCACCUUCCAAGUCUAGUAUUCACGAUUACAAGUAUAGGAAGCGCCAUAGGAACUAUUUUCUUCGGCGCCCUAUCAGAUAAGAUCGGCCGUCGUUUCGCCUUCUUCAUCACUGUGGUGGUAGCCACCGUAUUCGGCAUCUCGUCUAUCCUCGUGACCAACUUCGUGGCUUUCAUCAUCCUGAGGUUCUUCAACGCCACCAUCAUGCCCCAAAUAUUUCAGCUUCCAUAUGUGAUACUACUGGAGCUGGUGGGGCCUAAACAACGCACGGCCAUGCUGGCCGUCGGCUGGAUGUCGUGGACCGCCGGGCUCUGCCUGCUGCCGCUGGUGGCCUACCUGACUCGCGACUGGAUCGUCCUCGGGCUCCUAUGCUCGGCAGCAGCCACGCUCAAUGCGGUCUACUGGAAGCUGCUGCCAGAGUCUCCGCGGUGGCUUUUAUCGCGGAACCGCUUCAGCGAAGCCACCGACGCGCUGACGCGCAUCGCCAAGACAAACGGCGUUUGCCCGCCCAAAAACCUGGCCAUUGACUUGGAGCGAGUCCAGAGGAAGCUCGCAGAAGAAGAAAUGGUGGCCAAGUCGUCUACUGUUGACCUCAUACGGAUGUCGAAAGUCCGCAGUAACUUUCUGAUCAUCACGCUGAGCUGGGUCGCCAACGCGAGCGCAUACUACGGCAUGAGCAUCAACGUGACCAACAUGAGCGGCAACGAGUUCGUAAACUUCUUCCUGCUGGGCCUGGUCGAGUUUCCGGCCUGCGUGAUCGCCUGGUGGGCCAUGGAGAAACUGGGACGCCGAUGGAUGAACGUCUUCUUCCAGUUCAUGGUCAGCGCGUCGUGCAUUGCCUUCUGCCUCGCGCCCAAAGACGCUCUAGUCACCGGCAUCGUCCUCGUGAUGCUGGCCAAGUUCUUCUGCACGGCGUCCGCCAUGGUCAUGUACCAGCAGGCGUCCGAAGUGAUGCCCACUCCUGUGCGCUCCUUUGCUCUGGGCGCGUCUUCAUCGGUGGCUUCGACGAUCACCAUCUGCAUGCCCUACAUCAUCUACCUUGGAAAGUACGGAACCUGGAUCCCGUUUUCAGUCAUAGCCAUGCUCGCAACACUGGGAGGAGGAUUUUCCGCCUGGCUGCCUGAAACCCGCGGUUACCCUCUGUACCAGAACAUGGAGGACGCACAGAAGUUUUCUGUGAAACAAAAAUUUUUCUCUUUCAACAGGAGGCCCAAGGAACAGCAGCCUAGUCUAGACAACCAACCAAACGAGAAGGAGAUGAGCCUGAUCGCAAACGGUUGUCCUCCUUGAACAGCUGUUUAGAACUGGGAGAACAAAUUGAGCGCC